AUCGCCUCCUCGCAGAUUUCAGACGCAGAGCGGCGGAGUAGCGGAGCGGAGCGGAGCCAUGGGAAAGCUUCAAGAAUUUGACAUCACUUUUACCAACAAUAAGGUGGUUUACGGUCCUGGGGAGUCUAUAAGCGGAACUGUGAGGAUAAAAACAGGCAACUCGCUGCAGUACAAAGCCAUCAAGGUGAACUGUCAAGGCUCAUGUGGGAUCUCUAAUAAAGUGAACGACAGCUCAUGGACUCUGGAGGAGCAGUACUUCAACAGCACAUUGUCAGUUGCUGACAAAGGAACUCUGGCGGCAGGCGAGCACAGUUUUCCUUUCCAGUUUCUCAUUCCAGUCGCUGCCCCGACUUCCUUCGAGGGCCCCUUUGGGAAGAUUGUUUACCGUGUGAGGGCAGUCAUCGACACGCCCCGUUUCUCUAAGGACUACAAAGCCCAGAGGCCCUUCUACCUACUCAAUCUGCUCAACCUCAAUGAAGUUCCUGACAUUGAGGAUUUGAGUUAUGCUGUGACCACUAAGAAGUUCAGCUACCUCCUAGUGAAGACGGGGACACUGAUGCUAAAAGCUCGCAGUGACCUGAGGGGUUACAUCCCUGGUCAGGUCAUAAAGCUAGCCACGGAAAUCCACAACAAGUCUGGGAAGGACACUGGAUGUGUACUGGCCAGUUUAAUCCAGAAAGUGACCUAUAAGACCAAGCGGCCUGUGUAUGACCUGCGGACCAUCGCUGAGGUGGAGGGAGCCGGGGUGAAGGCAGGAAAACAUGCAGAGUGGAGGGAGCAGAUCAUCGUCCCUCCUCUUCCUCAGUCAGCACUGGCCGGCUGCAGCCUCAUAGAUAUUGACUAUUUCAUUCAGGUGUCAUUAAAAUCUCCAGACGCGGUCGUCACUCUUCCUAUCUACAUCGGGAACAUCGCUGUGAACUUAUCACCAUCGAGGCCCAUCCCCUCCACUCCAGACCGCUGUGGAGCAUCCAUCGCACCAAGCACAACAGGCGUGACACCCAGUGCCCCGCCAGCAGAGGAGGAGCCAGAGGAGGUGCUGUGUGCCGGGGGCGUGGCCAGUGAGGAGAUUCCCACUAAGAGCCACUCCCAGCAGGACCCCUCAGGUCAGCCAGUCACCAUGUCGCCCAGCGCCUUCAGCCACGCACCGGGGGCAGCCCUGCCUCCCAGUCACAGACGGCCUGAUGCUUCCGCCCCGCUGUUCUGUUUGUCAACUGGGGCCACCAUACCUUUCUUCACUGAGGGAGAUGUGACUCCUGUUCCCACUUCCUGUUCUCUCAUUCUCCCUCCAGAGUACAGCAGCUGGGACUAUCCUCAUGAGCCCCCUCCAACUUACGAGGAAAGCUGCAGCAGCGCCAACUCAACUUUUAAUAGUAGACAGUAAAAAAAACAAGCUGGUGAAGAAGCACCAUGACCACGCCCACCUACACCUGUCUGAACGCACAUCUCAAAAAAUCAGGAUGGAGAUACGCUGGGUAAAGGAGGAUGGACCAUAACUCCACCCCAGAACAUCCCAAAGACUGUUUCUUUGUCCUUUAACAGUGAAAAAGGGAUCAUAUCUUACACUGGAUACAAGUUUUCUUUUCACCUCGUGUUCCAGCGCUGUCAGACGGAGAGGGAGAACUUCACUGUGCCUAAAGGAUGUUUUUUGGGAUCAUCAAACAGCAUUUAAAACUUUCACUGAGCGGGCAUGUUGGUUUCAUGAGGUAGGCUAAAAUUUGUCACCUUUUUGCUUUUUUUUUUUUAAUGACUUUUUGCAUCUACGAUGCCUUGAAAAAGAUUCUGGCCUCCUGAAGACUCCUGUGUGAGGAGAUCAGCCUUUUUUUGCAGUCCAACUGUGCACUUGUUGUUGUGUCUACUGCUGUCUGCUUGUGUCUCAGCUGUCCUCAUCAUCAGCGGGGCAGAGCUGUCUUCAUGCUGGAUAUUUAAAGGAGAUUGCCUGAAGUUGUGCUCUGUGUGUCAGGCUUGUUGAACCUCCUGUGUGUAUGGUUUGUAUAUUACAACUACUGCUGGGUAUUGUUAAAAACCUGUUAAAAUGAACUGCGGUAUCUUGUUAAGUUACUGCAGUUCAGUUUGAGCAAAGUAAUGUGUUAGAGUGCUUUUGCAUUACCAAAAAUCAAAAUCCCUCUCUAAAUCCUUACACAUACUGGGGAUAUUAUCCAUAUGGCACAUAGCCUUCUAGCUUUGGCUGUGUCAGCUUUACUAUCACUCUACAGCCUAGUUUACAGCCCAUCAUCUGUAAUUCUGCAGUCUUUAAACUGGAAUAACUGGCUACAAACUUUACAGCUCUUUAAUAUGCUCAUAAUGUGACUAUAAACUCUGCAGAGAAGGGCUGCAAAAAAUUAUUUAUUUGGUAAAUUUGAUUGGCUGAUUAUUUUUCCCCUGAUUAACUGAUGAAUCUGAUUUAUUUAAACAUUUAUUUUUUCUAUCCCUCUUUUCAAAAACAGAACACAGACAUCCCAGAGCUGUUUGAAGCUGUUUGAAUCAUCAAAUAUCUCUGAAAAAUGCGCCAGAGUCUCAUCUUCAUCCUGGAGAACAGUAAUUAAUGAACAUUCUCCUCUUAUUUUUUUAAAGGUUUGUAUUUUUUGGCCUUUAUGCCUUCAUUUAGAGAGGAGGAUAGUGGAUAGAGUUGGACAUAGGGAUGAGAGAGUAGGAGGAGGACAUACAGGAACCCUGGCCACGCGUGUCCAUGGGGCACAACCUAACUUUUAGACCAUCUGUGCCCCAUCCUCAUAUUUUUUGUUAAUCAUCAUGUGAUCACCAUCAUGGUGAUAAGUGCUGAUUAAGUUUAUUUAUAGAACAAAAGCUCCUGCUGUGGGUUGCUUUUCGUUGUCACUGUGAAAACACCAAGUGAUGAUAGCAACAGGUUGAUGACCUUUAUCAGUGUUUAAUUAAUUUUCAAUAAAGGUGUUUCACAAACAAAUUAAGAGAACAUUCAGUUAAAGAAAAUAAAAAUGUACAGAUAAAGGCAGAUUAGAGUUGGCUCCCAGAUUAAUUUGCUUUAAGAAGGAUUUUAAUCAUCACGGAUGCUUUUCUUUUAAGAAAUGUCGCAGUAUGCAUUUCUGCAAUUGUCUUUUAAUGCUAUUAGAAAUCACUCAGCUAUAAAUGUCAAUAUCAAUCCUACACACAGGAGCUUUAAGGACAAAUAAUGCCACAGCAACACCUCUCAGAUUUUGGUUUCUUCUCCUAUAUCCUUUUACCUUUACAAAAUAUAGCAAUUGCAACUUUUAAAUGUGAAACAUUCUCUCAAAGUUGAGAAAAUCUCAUUUAUCAUAUAAAGUUGCAGCAUCUCUGCACCAUUUCCCAGUUCUGUCUCAUACAGCGGAGAGGAUUUUUGCUUCAACACAAGUUUUGUAUUCAGAUGACGGUGCAUCUGCAGAUGAGGUUCACUUUCCUGCAGCUUGUGAUGAUCACUGCAGCACUGAAGCUGUCCUACUCUGCCCUCUUGUGGUCGUCACUGGUACGGGUUUGAUCUCCUCUUGGUUUGACACUGGAGUUUCAGUUAAAGUCAUCACGUUAAACACAGCCAGCCUGUGCUCUUGAGACACGCAGUCUGCUGUGUUUUAACUCCUAUUUUAAAGAUUUGUCAUGUUUUUAGUCUCUGUCUGAGAGAAAUUGUAAGUUUGUUUUUCUCCCGUUUGUUGCCUUAACUUUCUUUGAGUAUGAAAUGAGUGAGAUGAAAAUCCUGACAUUUCAGUCAGUGCAGAUGAGAAACAAACAUUUGCACAUCACAGCACUUUUUAAUGUUUGAGUGCAUGGGUUUCUUUGUGCAUGUCUAAUGUACGUGUGUGUGUGUGUGUGUGUGUGUUUGCGUGUAUAAAUAAAUAGAGCUAAUUUGGACAAAUGUUCAGUCCCCUAAGGUCUGUUUUUUACAUAGUUUCAAAGCUUUUUUCACCUGUGUACAGGGACUAGGUGAUGGUUAAAAUGCAGCUGAAUCAUACUGUAAUUGGAUGUUAUGUUACCCAUUAAAUUUAUUUUAUAGCCCUUAACCUGUAUUUUUUUUUUUUAAUCACAAAUGUCCUUAUCGAAGUUUUAAUGCACAAAAGAAACAGCAUUUGUAUCGUGUGAUUCAUAAAAGUUUGAAACCGUUAAUUGCUUUAAAAACACUUUCAUUUGAUGCCUGGUUUUGCAAACACUUGUCAUGUCUUAUUGUAGUGUUUAAAAAUGUACUAAAUUAUGUUCACUUUAUCACUCUGUUCUGUUGUGAUGUUAAAGCAUCAGCACAUAUUGAUUGUCACUCCUCUGUGGGUUAAUAAUGCCACUGAAAAUACAAAGCACAACAGCUGAAUUGGAUGUUUGUAUGACUUCUGAUAUGUUUAUUAUUGGUAAAAUUUAUUCUGUGAGUUAAAAAAAAGCAUAGCUGGAGUUUAGGGUUGGGCAGUUUGGACAAAAAAAACCCCAUCUUGAUAUAUAUUAGGUAAAUGGUAAUACAUGUUAGAUAUAUAUUUCGGUAUUUUAUUUCAGUAAAGGAAUAUCAAAUGGUUGUUACAAUACCAGAACAUAAAACUUUGAAAUGUUUCAAGUUAAAAUCAAACUAUACUGAUACCUGAGGCAUACCAUUACAACAAAAAUAGAAGUCUUAGACACCAAAUACUGGGCUUGUUUUUUUUUUUUUUUUUUCAGCUAAAGUCCUAUACAUUUUCUAAAUUGUUCAAAAACAUUGAAAAGUUGUACAAAAAGUAGGGAUUAACAAUAUUAACAGCAUGAUUUUGUUUUAAGUAGAUACUGGCUCAGAAAAUGUUGGCCUGUGUUUACAACUAAUACUGUGUAUCAGCAGUAUAUAUCAGCCUACAUCAGCUUUAAAUAUUGGCCUAUUGGCUGUAAAUAUCAGCCUUUAUCAGAUGUAAAUAUAAUUUUUUUAUCAGCUGGGAAUAUCAGCCUAUAUUGGCUGUAAAUGUUUGCUUUUAUUAGCUAGAAAUAUAGCUCUAUAUCAGUAUAGGCCUUUAUUGUCUGUAAAUAUCAGCCUUAAUCAGCUAUAAAUGUUAGCGUAUGUCGUCUAUAAACCCAUAUCAGCUGUAAAACUCCUCAUAUUUGCUUUAAAUAUUAGCCUAUAUCUGCUGUAAAUCUUGGCCUUUAUUGGCUGUAAAUGAAUGACUAUAUCAGCUUGAAAUAGUGGCCUAUAGAAGGUGGAAAUAUUGAUCAAUUUCAGCUGUAAAUAUAAGCCUAUAUAGGCCUGUAUUUGUUGUAAAUAUCAGCCUGUAUCUGCUGUAAGUCUUUCUUUACUGGCCGUAGAUAAAUGACUUUAUCAGCUGGAAAUAUUGGUCCAUAUUAGGUAGAAAUAUUGACAUAUAUCAGCUGCAAAUAUGAGCCUAUAGUAGCCCCUACUGCUUGUAAAUAUUGGCCUAUAUUAGCCCCUACUGGUUGUAGAGAUCGGCCUAUAUCAGCCUAUGUAUGCUGUAAAUCUUGGCCUUAUUUGGCUGUAAAUAUAUGUCUACAUAAGCUGUACAUACAUUAGUCCAUAUCAGGCAGAAGUAUUCGCCUAUAUUGGCCCCUAUUGGUUGUAAAUAUUGGCCCAUGUUAUGGGUGUCUAGCACUUCUAUUUGUCCGAGGUGCCAGCAGAAUUAGAUUUUUAGUAAUAAUGUAAGGGAUCAUAAAAAAUGGAAUAAAUAAAACUAUAGAUCACAGUUAGACUGAAAUUUUUGAAUACUUCUGGUCAACAAAAUAACUGUCAGAGGUUUUUACAGUAAACUAUCUUUUUACCCAGCAUUAAGCUUGCCAUCUAUGUUUUUUCAACAUCAGUAUAAGGUAUAUCCAUAUAAAGGAUAUAGUCUCACCCUAUUUCUCUUAAGAUAGAUCCAUAGAUCUUAAAAACUUGGUGCAUUGCCCAGCCCUACUAGAAAUAGAUUCUGACUCUCGACCACGUUGCCAUGUUUUAUUCAGUCUGUAUUCUUUUAUGACAGGGAAACAGCUCUAACUGUUGACAUUCACUCAAAUUACCAUAUUCAGGCUCCUCGUUAUUGUGAAUGCAUGCCUUAAAACCAUCUUAGAUCCUGCAGCCCCAUCUUGGGGAACUCUUUUAAUCUGUCAGGAUAAUAUCAGGACAUCAGCUCUAUCUGAUUUCUUCUCCUGAGGACUGUGCAAAAAGCACUUCAUGUACGCUAAUGUAGCUUUUAAAAACAGCGAGAGUACUGGACUUGAGACCUGUUAAACCUUUUAUCUUUUCUCAGAACAUGUGAACAUGUAUUAUUUCCAGCAGCUCCCUGACUUCAUUCCUCUCUGCUGUUAAACCCUCUUCUGUUGAAUUUUUCCACCAAAAGGUACUAUAGCUUUAUGAAGCCCUGCUUGUUCUGUCUCCUUUUGUCAUCUCCUCCCCCUGACAUUGAUGAGUGCUGUCUGGUUUUGUAUUUUUCUACUUGUAAACCGUUUACAGGUGCAGUAUGCAGAUAUUAAUACUAGCACCUCAAUCAGUAAAUGUUCUAUUUCAAAUUAACAUUGCAGAAUCAAAGUUGUACUGUACAGUAUAACAAUAAA